CACGACGGCAGCGCCGCCAAGUGUGUUGUUGGAGUUUUCGUGGUGUUUUUUGACACGUCAGACUGGUGCAAUUUUUUGGAAAAUAAUCUCUGUUUUUGUUAAAAAUACCACUUCAUUUGCUGUUGCCACCAUCCACAAGUGUUAAACAUGUCUGUCACCGAAGGGCCCUGCUACACUAUAAUCAACUCCCAGGACUCCGAUCCGUACAAUGAGAUGCAGCUGAAGCAGGAUCUCGAGAAGGGCGACACGCCAGUGAAGAUCGAGACACUGAAGAAAGUGAUUCAGUUGCUGCUCAACGGAGAGCGACUUCCCGGCCUGCUGAUGACCAUCAUGCGCUUCGUACUUCCACUGCAGAAUCACACCAUCAAGAAGCUCCUUCUCAUCUACUGGGAGAUUGUGCCCAAGACGUCUCCGGACGGGAAAUUGCUGCAGGAGAUGAUCCUCGUGUGUGAUGCGUACAGGAAGGAUCUGCAGCAUCCCAAUGAGUUCCUCAGAGGCUCCACGCUGCGCUUCCUGUGCAAGCUCAAGGAGCCCGAGCUCCUGGAGCCUCUGAUGCCGGCAAUCAGGGCGUGUCUGGAGCACCGUCACUCGUAUGUGCGCCGCAAUGCCGUCCUGGCCAUCUUCACCAUCUACAAGAACUUCGAGUGGCUCGUGCCCGACGGUCCUGAGCUCAUUGCCAACUUCCUGGACACGCAGCAGGACAUGUCGUGCAAGAGGAACGCCUUCCUCAUGCUCCUGCACGCCGAUCAAGAGAGAGCGCUGAACUAUCUCGCCUCCUGUCUCGACCAGGUGAACAGCUUCGGAGACAUUCUGCAGCUGGUGAUUGUGGAGCUGAUCUACAAGGUCUGCCACGCCAAUCCGUCGGAGCGCUCGCGCUUCAUUCGCUGCAUCUACAAUCUCCUGAACUCUUCCUCGAACGCCGUGCGCUACGAAGCCGCCGGCACGCUGAUCACGCUCUCGACCGCGCCUACGGCCAUCAAGGCCGCCGCAAGUUGCUACAUCGAGCUGAUCAUCAAGGAGAGCGACAACAACGUGAAGCUGAUCGUCCUGGACCGCUUGAUUGCGAUGAAGGAGAACGAGAACAUGGAGAGAGUGAUGCAGGAUCUCGUGAUGGACAUUCUGCGCGUCCUGGCCGCCCCGGACAUCGAAGUGCGCCGCAAGACGCUGAAUUUGGCCAUGGAUCUCGUGUCGUCGCGCAACAUUGAGGAAUUGGUGCUGGUGCUGAAGAAGGAAGUCUCCAAGACGCACAACAUUGAGCACGAAGACACGGGAAAGUAUCGCCAAUUGCUGGUCAGGACGCUUCACACGUGCUGCAUUAAGUUCCCUGACGUUGCUGCGACUGUCAUUCCGGUUCUCGUGGAGUUCCUGUCUGACACCAAUGAGCUGGCAGCCACUGAUGUGCUGAUCUUCAUCCGCGAAGCCAUCCAGAAGUUCGAUCACUUGCGCUCUCUGAUCAUUGAGAAGCUCAUUGAGUCCUUCCCGGCGAUGAAGUCUGUGAAGGUUCAUCGUGCCGCGCUGUGGAUUCUGGGCGAAUACGCCGCCUCGGCCAGAGACAUCCUGCAGGUGUUUGAGGUGGUUGCCGAGACGCUCGGCGAGGUGCCAAUUGUGGAGGCGGAGCAGAAGAAGCUGCUGGGCGAGCAGACGACGGAGGAGGAGCAGAAGAAGAGUGUGGGCAGUGUGCCGUCGAACAAGGUCACGUCGGAUGGCACUUAUGCCACGCAGAGUGCUUUCAGUGUGGCGCCGGCGCCGACCAAGGAGCAGCGUCCGCCGCUGCGUCAGUACUUCAUGGACGGCGACUUCUUCGUCGGCACCACGCUGGCCGCCACGCUGACCAAGCUCGUGCUGCGCUACAUGGACGUGGAGGCGAACGAGCAGAAGCACAACCGUCUCUGCACCACAGCCAUGCUGACGAUGAGCAGCAUUUUGCACCUGGGCAAGUCCGGCUUCCCCACGAAGCCCAUCACGAAUGACGACGUGGACAGGAUCUUCCUGUGUCUGAAGACGCUCAGCGAGCGCACGCCGGGCAUUGUGGAGAUCUUCAAGGAGUUCUGUCGCGAGGCGCUGGGCUCGAUGUUGCUGGCGCAAAAUGAGGAGGAGAAUCAGGCGCUGCGUGAGAAGCAGAAGGCAGCCGCCAAGGUGCAGGCGGAUGAUCCUGUGAUGUUCGCACAGCUGGCGAGCGGCAGGAAUGAUCAGCUCGGCGAGAAUGUGUUCGAAUCGAGUCUGAAUCAGGCGCUGGCGGGCACGAAGAGCACCGCGCUGUCGGAUGUGGCGUCGCCCAGCAGCAAGCUCAACAAGGUCACGCAGCUCACGGGCUUCUCCGAUCCCGUGUACUCCGAGGCGUACGUGCACGUGAAUCAGUACGACAUCGUGCUGGACGUGCUGAUUGUCAAUCAGACCAGUGACACGCUGCAGAACUGCACGCUUGAGCUCGCCACGCUGGGCGAUCUAAAGCUGGUGGAGCGACCGCAUCCCGUCGUCCUGGCGCCACAUGAUUUCUGCAACAUCAAGGCCAACGUGAAGGUCUCCUCCACGGAGAAUGGCAUCAUCUUCGGCAAUAUCGUGUACGAUGCCGGCAAUGUGUCGAAUUGCGUGGUGCUGAACACCAUUCACAUCGACAUCAUGGACUACAUCCUGCCGGCGUCGUGCAACGACACGGAGUUCAGGCGGAUGUGGCAGGAGUUUGAGUGGGAGAACAAGGUGGCCGUGAACACGACGCUCACGGAUUUGCACGAUUAUCUCAAGCAUCUGCUGCAUUCCACCAACAUGAAGUGUCUCACGCCAGAAAAGGCGCUCUCCGGACAGUGUGGCUUCAUGGCGGCCAAUAUGUAUGCCAGGUCCAUCUUCGGCGAAGACGCUCUGGCCAAUCUCAGCAUUGAAAAGUCUGUCGACAAUCCCAACGCUCCAGUUAUUGGACACAUUAGAAUCCGAGCGAAGAGUCAAGGAAUGGCCCUCAGUUUAGGCGACAAAAUCAACCUGACGCAGAAAGGACCGCAGAACAAAAUCAUCUCAGCCUUCUAAUUUCAUUCCGCGCGCGGCUUAAUGUGCAAAACAGUAUAAUGGAGUAUUUAACCAGCAACAAUUCGAUGAAUAAAGGAUCUUGUGUAAGAA